AUGAUCUUCCUUCUCGUCAUUCUGACGAGUUUAUCGUUUACAACCGCGUUUCCCGAGCAGAUUCCAACCUACGACAGCCUAAGCAAUGAAGUUAAGACCCACUUGAACCUUGUUCUAUCUGAAAAAUACUCCAUGUUGUACAGAGAUAUGCGUCAGAACUGCAAGAGCGAGUAUCAGCCUCAGGCGAUAAUCCAUUUGCAAAUCAUAGAAGGCCGCAAGAAUUCAACCCAAAACGAUAUGGUGAUUUGGGAAGCCAAGGCAGCUCCGUGUUCUCUGAAAUUGUUCUCUACGUCGGAUGAGGUUCUCAGCAAAUGGUGUGCGAAACAGCCACAAGCGUUCGUUAACUUCCUCUAUAACCACACAGGAAAAGCGCUCUGGAAUCAUGAUCCUAACUUCUUGACUGUUGUUCAAACAUCGUGUCAUCGUUUCACAAGUGGAGAUGAUUUCCCUCGUCCUCGAUUUUAUCAGCCGUACGACUACAAAGAAGAACAAAUUAAACUCUUUUUGGCAUUCGCAAUGCUCAUGGCUUCCGUUGCUCUUGUUGUCUCAUGUGUCUACUGUCACCGUGUUCCGCUCCGAAAACACAUGACAGCUCGUUGGGAGAAAUACUGGGAUGUUAAAGAGUGGCAUCAGUUGAACGCCAUCGUGGAGUAUCGAGAGAGAAUGUACAAGGAGGAUUUGGAGCAGCAGAUGAUUGCAGAGUUGAAGAAAAUGCAAGAAGAAGAUGCGAAGGCGGCGGCUGGAACUGGAUAUGAAAAUCCGAUGUUCUAG